ACUUACCACUUGCAUGAAUUUAUUAUUCGAGCGUUUAUACGAACACUUUACGUUCAUCCCACCUUUGACGCCCUUUCUCAAGUCAACCAUCGGAGACCGAUGCGCCUGUCUCGGAGUUUCUCACCUUUUGUUUGUUCCUAUAAACCAACAACAACUUCUCAACCCCUCUACUUUCUCCGUCUCCGAGCCUCGUCAAGUUUCUAUAACUACUACAAACACAACAUAUCACCAAAGCAUUUUCGCCGAUUCACCACCACGCCACAAACCAUGGCUCUCAACCCCAAAUUCGCCGGGCAGCGCCUGCUCUUCAACCCACCUAGCGCAUCUUCCAACGGCGUAGCGCCAGCCGUGCACACACUCGAACUAUUCCUAGACUACGUGUGUCGAUUCUCCGCGAAGCAAUUCGCCACCGUGUACAACGAAGUGAUCCCUCUCAUCAAAUCGAACCCGAAAUGGGCGUCUAGCGUAGAGAUUAUCUUCCGACAGCAGAUCCAGCCAUGGCACCCCUCAUCAACGCUCGUGCACGAAGCCGGUGUCGCCGUCGCCCUACUCGCGCCUGAGAAGUACUGGGCGUUUAGCGACGCCCUGUUCAAGGACCAACUCGCAUACUUCGACGAGGCGGUUGUCAAUGAAUCCCGCAACGAUACUUACCGUCGAUUAGCGAAGCUUGCUGAUUCGGUUGGUGUAGAUGAGAACAAAGUGUACGAGUUAUUAGCCAUUUCGGAUAAGGUGCCGGAGGGCGGACACGAGAAUAACGGAAACAAGGUUACGGCCGAUCUCAAAUUGCAGAUCCGAUACGGACGCUUGAUUGGUGUGCAUGUCAGUCCGACGGUUGUUUUCGAUGGUAUUGUCGCCAAUGAUAUUAGCUCGUCGUGGACGAAGGAUCAGUGGCAGCAGUGGUUGACGAAGAAUCUUGGUUAGCUUGUUGAAUCAUACUGUCGCAUUGCUCGGUCUUGCUCGGAGUUAACGUGUCAGUGAGCAGACGGUAUCUCGCAGCCGAGACAUUCGCCUAGGUUGUAAAGCCCAACGCUGCGUACCUAAGGUACUUUUGAAUUAAUAUAAAUCAAUAAAUUAAUUACUAUUUCUA